AUGAGCAGAUGCUCAAACGCGGCGCUGAUGACUGUUGUUGAGGAUGCUGUUGGGGCCAGGGUGGCUGCAAGGACGAGAAACAUGAGCAAUGGCGUCAAUUACCGGGAGAAGGAAGUCAAUGACCUAACGGCUGACAUUUCAGAUUCAGAUUCAGAUUUGGAUUCAGAGGACAAUAAACAUGGCAAAGGCGACAAUGACACUGCCCCCAUAUGGUUACAAGAUGAUGUGCAUUCAGACGAAGAUAUUCAGCUGGACUCAGAGGACGAUUCCGAUACAGAAGCUGUUCAAGCCCAAGUGGUGGAUAAAUUGGCAAAAGACACGAAAUCAGAGCAAAAAUCCUUGGAUGAUGAGCUCUCCGAGAUGGAUACCAAGACGGUUUCUUUAAAACUUAAGAAACUAAACGAGUUUGUGAGGCAGAGUCAGGUAUAUUCCAGUAUAAUCGCCGAUACUUUACUACAUCGAUCUAAUGAAGUGGCUAACGCUAAUACAAAAGAUAACAGCAACUCUGAUGAUGAAGAACAUUCUUCAAAAAAACGUAAAACAAAAAAAAAAUCAAUAACAGAUUUCUUCAAAAAACAGAAAAAGAACGAAGAUACAACCACCCAAAACGGCGCACCAGACGAUGCAGCAAUAAAGCAACCUCGCCUAUUGAAAAACUGUAUUUUAAAACCUUACCAACUAGAAGGUCUUAACUGGCUGAUCACUCUUUAUGAAAAUGGCCUGAACGGAAUUCUUGCCGAUGAAAUGGGUCUUGGUAAGACUGUUCAAAGUAUUGCUCUUUUGGCGUUCAUAUAUGAAAUGGACACAAAGGGUCCUUUUCUAGUGACUGCACCAUUAAGCACCCUAGAUAAUUGGAUGAACGAAUUUGCAAAAUUCGCUCCUGAUCUACCAGUUCUAAAAUAUUAUGGGACCAAUGGUUAUAAGGAACGUUCUGCCAAGUUGAAAAAUUUCUUUAAACAACACGGCGGCACGGGGAUCGUCAUCACAUCAUAUGAAAUUAUUUUAAGAGAUACCGACUUAAUCAUGAGUCAAAAUUGGAAAUUUUUAAUUGUUGAUGAAGGCCACCGUCUGAAAAAUAUAAACUGUAGAUUGAUUAAAGAGUUAAAAAAAAUCAAUACUUCCAAUAGACUGCUACUAACAGGGACGCCUUUACAAAAUAACCUAGCUGAAUUAUGGUCACUUUUGAAUUUCAUAAUGCCCGAUAUCUUUGCCGAUUUCGAGAUAUUCAAUAAAUGGUUUGACUUCGACAGCUUAAAUUUAGGCUCCGGUUCCAACUCUGAAGCAUUGAAUAAGUUAAUCAACGAUGAACUACAGAAAAAUUUGAUUUCCAAUUUACACACAAUUCUGAAACCAUUCCUUUUGAGAAGAUUGAAAAAAGUUGUUUUGGCUAAUAUUCUGCCGCCAAAGAGAGAAUAUAUCAUAAAUUGUCCGAUGACGUCUGCACAGGAAAAAUUCUAUAAGGCUGGAUUGAAUGGAAAGUUGAAAAAAACCAUGUUCAAAGAAUUAAUCAAGGAUUUUUUCACAUUGAACGAUGAAUACAUCGGCCACGUUUCUAAUCGGUCCAUACGAGAUUUCAUCAAUUAUAAACUAUCUGGUAAUGAAACUUCAAAUACAGACAAUAAAAUCAAUCCAACCUUGUUGCAAAUGGACAAACUAUAUAAGAAGAACCUGCAAAUGGAAAUUUCAAAUAAGAAAUUGCAAAAUAUGAUGAUGCAAUUGAGACAAAUCAUUGACUCAACUUUUUUGUUUUAUUUCCCAUAUUUACACCCAGAAGACUUGACUUUGGAAACUCUUUUAAAGACGUCUGGGAAAUUACAAAUCUUACAAAAAUUAAUCCCCCCAUUAAUAUCUGAGGGGCACAAAGUGCUUAUUUAUUCUCAGUUUGUUAACAUGCUCGAUUUGAUCGAAGAUUGGUGUGAUUUAAAUUCGUUCGCGACAUUUCGAAUUGAUGGUUCAGUAAACAAUGAAACAAGAAAGGAUCAACUCGAGAAGUUUAAUAGCUCGAAAGAUAAGCAUAACAUUUUCCUAUUGUCCACAAGGGCGGCAGGACUGGGUAUUAAUCUAGUCGGGGCAGAUACAGUUGUCUUGUUUGAUAGUGAUUGGAAUCCACAGGUGGAUUUACAAGCCAUGGACAGGUGUCACCGUAUUGGCCAAGAAUCACCGGUUAUAGUAUAUAGGUUGUGUUGUGAUAACACCAUUGAACAUGUUAUAUUGACCAGAGCGGCCAAUAAGCGAAAUUUGGAAAGAAUGGUUAUCCAGAUGGGAAAAUUCAAUAACCUGAAAAAAUUGGCGUUAAAUGAAGGUUCUUUUUUGAAGGCAAACAAAGCGGGUGUUAAUGUCACUAAUAAGGACUUAGUCCAGGAGUUAUCUAUGCUUUUAAUGAGCGAUGAAUCCAAUAUAGGCUUUGAAAAUGGGGGACAGAAAGAAAAUAAGGCUACUGAGGGCCAACUGACUGAUAAGGAGGUUGAAGAAUUGACCAACAGAUCUCUUGAAGCGUACAAGGCCAACAGAGUCGUAGAUCUGCCGCACGUCAAGCUAUUUGAAACAACCUCCGGUCUUUAA